AGCAGUGAUAAAAAGACAAGGUGACGACAACAGCACCAUUAGACCACGGCGACAUUCGUGUUUCUAUAUGAAGCUGGACACUGAGGUAAAUGCUAACAACAGCAUGCUAACGCUAACAUGCUAGCGACGACGAUGCUACAAUGCCGCAGUAGGACCCUGGGGUGCAUCAGCAGCAGCAGCAGCAGCAUAAGCAGCAUCAUCAGGGAGCAGAUAUGAGGGAGGAGCCUGAAUAAAAAAACCAAACAACCCUCAGUCCACACCCUGCAGCCUCUGGGAAGUUACUCCGCAUUCCUCCUGCCAUACACACUCAUACACAGACACACACACACACACACACGCAUAGACCGAAAGCUGGGAGGAACCACACACUCAGGCUGGGAGUUUGGAGGCGGUGCCGCUGUAGUAACCUCAUCAUCUACGUCCUGCCAGUCUCACCAUGAGUCAGGCGGGUGCUGAUGAAGGUGGAGGCGCCGGUGGCAUCGGCAGAGAAAAAGCCCAGCGGCCGGAGGAGGUGACUCCCGAGGGAAAGGUCCUCGGCAAACCGAGCGCCGCCAGCACCAUUGGGCCAGGCUGGAGCAAGGUCGGCUGCCCCUGCUGUGUGUCGGAGCGGGUCGAGCCGCUGGUUCUGGUCAAGCUCGGAGAAAAGGUCCGGCCCGAGACGAAGAGGUGGCUCAUCAGACUCAUCGGGGCCUCUCAGAAAGAUGGCGGUGCUGCAUUACUGGCCCACCCGGGGGAGGACGCCAGUGGGGACAUCAUCGUGGUCUCCGCCCCGCGCUGCACGUUACUACGAGCCACGGAGGAGCUGGGCCUGUGCAGGCCCUACCGCAACCGGGACAUGGAGGCCUUCUCCUACCACGACAGAGACAACUUUAAAGACUCAGACAACAUGGAAGUGUUCCUGACGCUGGCGGAGCGACACUACAUCGUGAAGUACGAGCUGGACGGCCUGCGAGCGCAGAGGGACCUGAGGGUACCGGGCCUGUCAGACAGCGUCACGCUGCACAACCGAGACAACAUCUGGCAGAAGCUCGGGUCAGCUGGUGUGAUCAUGGACACGUUUCCCCUCCACAACCCGGAGCAGCUGAAGGAUCUGAGCGAGGCCUGGUACUCUGGUAAUCAGCUGGCCCAGCCGCUGGAUUCAGUCAAUGGGUAUUUCGGAAGCUCCGUGGCUUUCUACUUCAGCUUCCUCGAUUUCUACACCUGGUCUCUGCUCGCACCGGCGAUACUGGGCCUUUCCAUCACGUACUUCUCAGGUGAGGUUCAGAAGCAGAUGGAGGAGUCAUUGUCGGGCUCACCGGUCGCGGACGCUGACGGCGAUGACUCAGGCCCGGCGGUCAGCGGCCACAUGGUCCAGGCCGUGUUCAGCAUGCUGUGGUCCACGGUCUUCAUGGAGCUGUGGAAACGCAGGAGCUCGUCGCUGUCCUACCGCUGGGGCACCCUGCACCUCGCCGACCGCUUCGCGGAGCCCCGGCCUGGGUUCCACGGGGACCUGGGCGUCAACCCCGUGACGGGUCGCGUGGAGCCCCUGUUCCCUGGGUGGCAGAGGGACCUGCGAAUGGCGCUGGUGUCGUUGCCGGUGGUGGGGCUGUUUCUGGGGUUGGUAGUGCUGGGGAUGCUCUGUUUCUACUGGGGGGAGGCCCAGGUGAAACAGCUGCACCAGGACUGGGACUCGCUGCUGUCGCAAUCUUUGGUCUACGUCCCCUCGGUGCUUCACAUCGUCUACACAAACAUGCUGGCGACCGUUUACAAGACGGUGGCCCAGUCUCUGACUGAAUACGAGAACCACAGAGAGGAGUCGGCCUACGAGAAGCAUCUGACUGCCAAAGUCUUGGUGUUCACCUUCUUUAACUACUUUGCCGUGCUCUUCCACAUCGCCUUCUUCAAGCAGGACGUGCCGUUGCUUCGUAAGCGUCUGGCGUCUUUGCUGAUUGUGACCCAGCUGGUGAACCAGGUGACGGAGGCGGUCAUUCCCUUCCUGGUGGACCGGUUCAUCAGCGCCCCCCACAGGGCGGAGAGUGAAGACGACCCACAGGAGGACAAAUUCAGGAAACAAAGCACCCUUCCCACUUUCCCUGGCCUGUUUGGGGAGUAUAUUGAGCUCCUGGUGCAGUUUGGGUAUCUGAGCCUCUUCUCCUGCGUGUAUCCUCUGACGGCCGUGCUGCUGCUCAUCAACAACCUGACGGAGAUCCGAUCGGACGCCUAUAAGAUCUGCAAGCUCUUCCGCAAGCCCUUCUGCCCGCCCGUGGCCAGCAUGGGCGUGUGGCAGAUUGCGUUCGAGGUCCUGAGCUUUGUCUCCGUCGUGUCCAACUGCUGGCUGCUGCUGCUGUCGCCACGGUUACAGGAGCUGUGUCGGGAGGGCGGGCUGAGCGGCACAAACAUUCUGUUGUUGGCUGUUCUGGUGGAGCAUGUGCUCAUCUUGGUGAAGGUGAUUUUGUCGGUCCUGAUCCCAGACGAACCUGACUGGAUCCGGAAAAAGAGAGAGCACAUUGAGUUCACAUCCAUGGAGGCUCUGAAACAACAGAAGCUCCAGUCUGAAGAGUAGUGAUUGUGUUUCCGCGUUGAGGCGGUGGCUUUGUGUCGUCUUGUGCUUGGGCUGCUACGACCAGAAGAGACCGUACGAUCCUCCGGCAGGGCCCACGCUGCACACUGCUGUACCCCAAUAGUCCCUGUGCAGACCCUUAAUGCCUUUCUGCAGAGUGCUUCUGCAAUGUACACACUUUGAAAUGCACCUUCAUAUUACUCUACAGGUAGACUGCAAGUGCAAUUGAUACAGCAAGUUAAAAAGUAUUCCCCCAAUAUCAGACAGCAAAUGGAAUGUUUUGGUAAUUUGGGAAUGUGCCCUUUAAAAAUAUUAUGUUAUGAAAAAGGAGGUUUUUAGGAGGAAUUUAAUGAGAGAAUCCUGAAUAGCUCUUGUGCUACAGUAUGUACGGUCAACAUUUAGUGUGGGACUGACAGGAAAUAGUAUUGAAUGUUAUUGUCAGGGUCAAAGAUGGAAAUCUUACUUGACAAAAUGUAUUUGCUCAGUGCUGCCACCUAGUGAUUAGCUACAGCUAGUGUUCAGGGUUUAUACGUCGAGGACAGUAUCAUCAUUGGAGUGAUCGUCAUAAGCAUAUUUCAGUAUGAAAUUCAGUAAUUUGGUCACACAUGGUAUUGAACACAGAUAAUAAUCAACUGCGUGUGCAGGUUCUUAAGCUGUUGUGAACAUUUUACUAUCUUUCGACUCGUCGUUUUGGUUUUCAUAUCUUGCAAACUUUAGUAUAUGAAUCAUUUUUCUUUGACUCCCUUGGCUCUCAUCAGUAUUGUUAUUGAACACAGCACACAGCUGAGUUUUAUAGCAAAGAAGCUCUGAUAAACCCGAUGUCUCUUUAGCAGCUAAAUAUAGGCAGAUAUUUGUUCUCUGGCGUUGGAAGAAAUUCAUCUACAGCACUUAAGGAGAGUGAAUAACGGACUUAAGAGUCAUUAGGUGAACAGAAUUAACACAACUCCAAAAGCUAAUGUUGUUAAAUGUCUGCAGGAUAUAGACAUAGGCAACCGUACGUAACGUAGAGACAUGAGAGUGGAAUCAGUCUUUUUGGCAAGAAAACAAACAAAUGCAUAUUUUCCCAAACAUCAAACUAAUUGAGUACAUGGUGUUUACAGUAGACCUCUAGAGUUCGUCUUGUAAUCUUUCAACUUAUACUUGCAGUCCUAAUUUGACAGUCCAAAUAAUGUAUUUAUUGAAUGUUCAGAAUCAAAACCUGCUGUAAAAGUUGUUUUUUUUAAAUGUGGAGGGGGGCAAUGAGUUUACAUUGGUGUUUUAAAAAAACACCCAUUUAUUUGUAUAUUAUAUAUAGUUAUGGAGAUUUAAAGUGGAAAUGCUUACAUGUCUUAUUCUUGCCCUAAUUUGACUUUUACCAAUAAUGUAUAAGUUUAUGAGAAUUAAGCAUGUCUCAGCAUUGUAUGUAUUAUUACUUCUACUCCCAUUGAUGAUACUGUCCUUUCUUUACUCCUCCCCUAAAGUAUAAUCUCACAACAACUAUAGGAACAAAGAUUAAAGUUAACACAGCAAAUCAUGUGCCAAGAUUUUAAGAUUUGCUUUGAGCCCGAUGGGGAGCAACCAAAGAAUAUUUGUCUGCUUUGUUAUUAGAAAUAUAUAUAUAUAUAUAUAUAUAUAUAUAUAUAUAUAUAUAUAUAUAUAUAUAUUUUAAAUGUGCAGAUUUUUAGUUUUGACUCACUUGUCAGUCUGUUGUGUGCCUCCAAGAAAGAAAGACCACUGUGCUGCAAUCACUAAUUCAUCUUCUAGGCUAAAUGCUCGCGUGUCGUUCUAUUUUUUCACAAUAUGCAGAUGAAGCCACUGGGGAGAGUCCACCACUUUGUUUUUGUUUUUUCAUACUUGCUGAACAGUGGUGUACUGAACAUCAUAUACUGUAAGUUAUUGUUUUUAAUUAGUUAGUAUUUCCUUCCAGCCACCAGGAGGCGCUAUACACCCAAUGUUGAAUUCAGCAUUAAGAGACGGAUUCAGCAAGGAUGCAGAUGGACAGUGAGACACACUCAUCUGGCUGCAGUUGUAUAUUUAACGUGUGUGUGUGUGUGUGUGUCAGUGAAGAUGCAGAGUUGUAGAUAUAUAAUCUGGUCCUGGGAUCAGGAUUUCAGGUCAGGAACAGAGGUGACUGUCUGAUUGCUAGUUCUCCUAAAAAUAAAUGCACAGAAGGUA